AAUAAUGGUCAAUACUCAAUGGAUGAAUAAUUCCAACACCUUUAUUUACAAAAUAAAAUUAUUUUAAAUAAUAAUUUGUUGUUCAAUCGGAUUCGAUAGAAGAGUAUAAAUAUUUUAUGGAUAGGUGUGAUGACGAUAUAAUAUUCAUUAUUCGUAUGAUAUAAUAUAUUAUCGUACCGAUCAAAAAAUGAAUUUUACAAUUUUUUGUCGUCCGAUCAGCAAAACAUUAAAAAGUUUUAGCAGAAUACGGUUGCAGUCAAAUAUUUGCAAAAUAAGUUAUUCAAAUGAAAAAAAGACAACAGUAGAUGAGGGUGAAGUACAGAGGCAUAGCAAUUUAAUGAAGGACUGGUGGGAUCCAAAGGGAAAGAUUAUGCCACUACAUAGUCUCAACCUCCUCAGGGUUCCUUUUGUUCGUGAUGGACUUAUUGGGGGAUCUGAAAAGUCUUUAACACCAUUGGCUGAUAAAAAAUUAUUGGAUGUUGGGUGUGGUGGUGGUAUAUUGUCAGAGGCCUUAGCCAGAGUUGGAGCAAAUGUGACAGGAAUUGAUGCUAGCAAAGAACUGAUAGAAUUAGCCCAGCAGCAUAGCAAUAUGGAUCCGAAAAUAGCAAACAACAAACCGACAUAUUACUGCACUACUAUAGAGGAGCAUUCGAAACAGUUUUCAAAUCAUUACGACGGCGUCGUAGCAUCAGAAGUGAUAGAGCAUGUGGCUGAUAAAGAUUUAUUCACUAAAUGCUGCGUGGACGCACUCAAGCCUGGAGGAAAAAUAUUUGUGACUACACCGAACAGAUCGAGACUAACACAGGUGUUGGGUAUUUGGGUCGCGGAAUAUGUCCUGAAAGUGAUCCCUCAAGGCACUCACGAAUACGACAAGUUUAUGACGCCGAAUGAGUUGACGUUUAUGUUGGAACGAAAUAACUGUCAAGUAGAAAUGGUGCACGGAAUGGUGUAUAAUCCGCUAUCGAAUCAUUGGUCGUGGGUGAACUACACUACCUUAUGUUUCGCAAUGCAAGCAGUGAAACUAGAUAAUAAGGUGUAAUGAACUGUUAAGAAAUAAACAUAGGUACUAAUAAAAAAGAACAGGACGUAUCCUUGAAUGUAAGAAAGAAAAGCUAGAGCUAAAGAAAGAAAGAGAAAAGUAAUUGAAGACAACCGCUGGACAGUCCGCCGCUAGCAAGAAUGGUUAUUAAAAAUACUUCUAAAUGUGUAUUCUAUUGAAACUAUAUUAGUUAUAGAGAUAUAAUAUAUGAAAGAUGUAAUAUAUUUAA